GAUUCAUUACGCACGGGGCGCACAUUAGUCUCUUUACCACUACAGGACGCCCCACCCCGCCUUAUUUAUUUCGUUUUCAUUUUCAAUAUUUCAAUUCCACUCAAUUUCACUUGCAGAGCUCCAAGUUCGGUAGAAUCUCCGACGAGUUUACGAGGCGAAGCAAAAUUCAAAGAGCUGAAGCUCCAUUUACAACGACAUUUAUAAGAUUUGGGAGCAUCUCUGAGCUGAAGCUACAUGUUUAACAACCUUUAGAGUUUGUCUCAUUUCCUUGGUUUGUGUACCUGAGUGAUUGGAUAUUCCAGGCCGCGCUGGUAGAAGUUUCUAUACAGCACAAGCUUGAACUAAGUUGCGAUCCUAUGGAAAAACUCGUGUUUCAAAAUGGUGUCAAGAAGGAUCAAUUGCUUUCUGCGGUAAAUGAUGACCAUGGAGGAGUUAUAGUGGAAUUUAAGGAGCCUAUGGACCCGAUUGUCUUCCAAAACAUGCUUAAAGCUUCACUAUCCAAAUGGAGGUUGCAGGGGAAGAAGGGUGUCUGGAUCAAAUUGCCAAUUGAAUGCGUAAAUUUGGUUGAAACUGCCGUUGAGGAAGGGUUUUGGUACCACCAUGCGGAACCUCAUUACCUAAUGCUCGUGUAUUGGAUUCCCAAAACUGAGAAUACCAUCCCGGCAAAUGCCUCACACCGAGUGGGUAUUGGCGCUAUUGUCUUAAACGACAAAAGAGAGUUGCUCGUUGUCCAAGAAAAUUGCGGCAGAUUAAAGGGAACUGCAGUAUGGAAGAUCCCAACUGGUGUUGUCGAGGAGGGUGAGGAUAUAUUUGAAGGCGCGAUAAGAGAAGUAAAAGAAGAAACAGGAGUAAGUUUAUCGAAUACUGAAGUUUCCUACUGUACGUGUGACCGUUAUUGCUUCUCUAAGAUUCGUCGGUUCCAUUUAUUGCAGAUCGAUACUGAAUUUCUGGAAGUUCUUGCAUUCAGGCAAACACACAAGGCGUUGUUUGAGAAGUCGGACUUAUUCUUCAUUUGCAUGAUGCGCCCUUUAUCAUUCGACAUUCAAAAGCAAGAUUUAGAAAUCGAGGCAGCCCAGUGGAUGCCAAUCGAAGAGUAUGAAGCUCAACCUUUUGUUCAGAAACAUGUCCUAUUCAAGUACAUCGUAGAUUUAUGCUUGACAAAGGCCGAAAGGGGUUACCCGGGCUUUACUCCUGUGCCUAUAACAUCGUUUUUUGAUGCUGGCGCGAGUUUUCUGUAUCUCAACAACGAUGGUCUGAACGACGAAAACUCUGCAGCUCAUCUCUGAAGGAAUGUUUUGGUUAUCAAAACUUGUAAGUCUAAUUUGAUCUAAUUCAUAAUUUAAUAGUUUGAGUAAAGCAUGUUACCCUUGAACUAUGACCAAAUUUGCUACGACACACUCCAACUUCACAGGGGUCCUAUUACCCAUCUGAACUCAAUUUCAGUGUAUUUUUGUUUCCCUUUUUAGCUGCUUUGACGUGGGCUCCAUUUUUAUGGAAUAAAGGUGUCAUGUCAGCACAAAAAGAUGACAAAAAUACGCUAUAAUUGGGUUCAGGGUAAUAGGACCCAUGUGAAGUUGGAGUGUGUCGUAGCAACUUUGGACAUAGUUCGAGGGGGUACUGGAUGCUUAUCUCUAAUAGUUUUAUAGUAAUUGUUUCAAUCCUAUAUGAUGUAUAUUUUCAACUUUCUCUUUAGUAUUAUAUUUCGGUAAUCGGGCCUGAUUCUA